AUGGCUUCCUUGGAGCGCAGCAAACUGAUUGGCGUGAUCGAUGCAGGCACGAACAGUGCGCGGUUUGUGAUUUUCAAACUACCGGAAUUCGAGGAGAUUGCAUCGCAUCAAAUACGCAUUACGCAGAUUGUCCCACGAGACGGUUGGACCGAGCACAAUCCGGUGGAGGUUCUGGAAGCGGUAAGGCUCUGUGCAGUGGAAGCAUGCCACCAGGUGGAAAAGCUUGGCUAUCUCGUCAAAGAUAUCGCCGCAAUCGGUAUCACGAAUCAGCGCGAAACGACCGUCGUGUGGGACAAAAAUACUGGCGAACCUCUGUACAAUGCCAUCGUAUGGAACGAUAUCCGGACGGAUAAAACGGUCGAUCGGGUGUUGGCCCGUCUGCCGGAACAGAACCACAAUCACUUCCGUGCACUGUCUGGGCUCCCAAUUUCGCCCUACUUUUCCGCCCUCAAGCUGAACUGGUUGAAGGACAAUGUGCUGGCAGUAAGGAAGGCGUGCCGGGAGAAGCGUUGUUACGCGGGGACAAUCGACACGUGGUUGGUGUGGAAUUUGACCGGUGGUCCACAAGGUGGUGCCUUCGUGACUGAUGUAACCAACGCGUCCCGUACGCUGCUAAUGAACAUCGAAACACUGCACUGGGAUCCGCUGCUGACGAAAACGUUCUCCGUCCAUCCGGACAUGUUGCCGGAAAUUCGCAGUUCGUCGGAAAUUUACGGCAAGGUGAAGGACAACAGUGUGCUCGAUGGAAUUCCGAUCAGUGCGAUAUUGGGGAAUCAGCAGGCGAGUCUUAUCGGGCAACGGUGCUUAAAGGAGGGUCAGGCAAAGAAUACCUAUCGCAAAGGAUGCUUCCUGCUGUACAAUACGGGAACUAGGUGCGUCCAAUCGACACACGGCCUGGUGACGACGGUAGCGUACCAGAUGGGCCGGAAUGCACCACCGGUGUAUGCUUUGGAAGGCUCAGUAGCAGUAGCCGGUGUGGCCAUGAACUGGUUGCGCGACAACCUUAAAAUUAUCAAGGACAUUAAAGAUUCCGAAGAGAUCGCUGGCAGCGUAUCAUCGACGGGUGAUGUCUACUUCGUACCUGCAUUCACCGGACUGUACGCUCCCUACUGGCGAAAGGAUGCGCGCGGCAUAUUUUGUGGUUUGACCAGUUUCACUACCAAGCACCACUUCGUGAGGGCCGCCUUGGAGGCGGUAUGCUUCCAAACGCGGGACAUUAUUGAAGCGAUGAAAAAAGACUGCGGCAUAAACCUAAACAAGCUGCACGCGGACGGUAUUAUGGCGAACAACAGUCUUUUGAUGCAGCUGCAGGCGGAUUUGAGCGGCAUUCCUGUGUUGAAAACGGAGGUACACGAACCGGCCGCACUCGGAACAGCCAUGGCCGCGGCUCAAGCGAACGGGGUGGAUUUGUACAAGCUGGAAGCGGAAAUCCGCGGUUACGCAGGUGUUCAAUCACACCAUGAAACAUUCCUUCCGACGACGACCGAAGAGGAACGGAAUGCUCGGUACACCAAGUGGAAAAUGGCGGUCCAGCGAAGUUUAGGCUGGGCAGUAUCGAAGAAGAGUGAAGCAAUGACGGAUGAGCGUUACAGCUUACUAGCUUCAAUUCCGGCCGGUUUGUUCCUUGCCACAAGCUUCCUGAUGUUGGUCCACUCGCAACGACGGUGA